GCUCUACCCUAUAGCAGAAAUACUGCUACAGGGUGGCACGGGUGCGCAAAAUCACAGCCAUACAAAGCAGUGCACUUACAGUUUAAAGCACACACACAGCACACAGUAAAGCAGCACACAGUUAACCCUUUGAUCAACGCACAUGUUAACCCCUUCAUGCCCAGUGCCAUUAGUAUGGUGUCAGUGCUUUUUAUUAGCACUGAUCACUUUAUUGGUGUCACUAGGGAUGUCAGUAACACCAAGUCAGUGUCAGAAUGCCCGCCGCAGUCCCAC